GAAACACCCGCAUACAUCUUAGGCGCUCUGACCUCUGUCGGUGGAGUGACUGGCUACGUUCGCACAGGUUCAGUCCCCAGCAUUGCUGCAGGUCUGACUGUCGGCGCAUUGUAUCUCCUGGGUGGCUUCCGCAUCGCCAAACGACAAACCUAUGGUGUCGAGCUUGCCCUCCUCGCCUCGGUCCUCCUGGCCGGCAGCAGCAUUCCCCGUGCAAUCAAAACGGGCAAGCCUCUCCCAGCCGGCCUCAGUGUCCUCGCAGCCACAGGUCUCUUCAUUUACGGUCGGGCGUUCCUAGCAAAAGCAUGA